GGCGUCGGGGACGCGCGCGCGCGGCGACAGCGGCUUCACUUCUGUUCGGGCAGCGGGGGCAGGAGCGGCGGCGGUAGAGGCGGCGCGGGCAGCGGCCGCCGCUCGGCUCGGAAAGGGGAAAAAGGGCAGAAAGAAGAAAGGGAGCGCAGCGGGCGGGCGGCAGGCAGCGCGGGGCGGGCUCAUGACUCAGUGAGCGGCCGCUGCCCCCCGCCAGCCCCUCGCCCGGCCGCAGCCGGGGCCGCCGCUACGGAUCGUCCCGCCGCCCGCGCCUCGCGCCAGCCGGAGAGCCCCGCGCACAGUGCAGCAUCUGCCAUGUCUGCGGAGGGGCAGAGAGUUGAUGACAGUCCGAGCACCAGUGGAGGCAGCUCUGAUGGAGAUCAGCGCGAAGGUGUUCAGCCCGAACAAGAAAGGGAGCAAGUUCAACCCAAGAAAAAAGAGGGCAAAAUAUCAAGCAAAACAGCUGCUAAGCUGUCAACUAGUGCUAAAAGGAUUCAGAAAGAACUUGCAGAAAUUACAUUAGACCCUCCUCCAAACUGUAGUGCUGGACCCAAAGGAGACAACAUUUAUGAAUGGAGGUCAACUAUACUGGGGCCUCCAGGGUCAGUAUAUGAAGGUGGAGUUUUCUUCCUUGACAUUACCUUUUCACCGGACUAUCCUUUUAAACCACCUAAGGUAACAUUCCGGACAAGGAUCUAUCACUGUAACAUUAACAGCCAAGGCGUUAUCUGCCUGGACAUUUUAAAAGACAACUGGAGUCCAGCAUUAACCAUUUCUAAAGUUCUCCUCUCCAUCUGCUCCCUCCUCACAGACUGCAACCCGGCUGACCCCCUGGUUGGAAGCAUUGCCACUCAGUAUAUGACUAACAGAGCAGAGCAUGACAGAAUGGCCAGACAGUGGACCAAGCGAUACGCCACAUAGGAACCUCCUCUAGGAUUUGCUGGACCUGUGCAAGCACAUUCACUAAGUGCUUCAAUAGCCCUUCCCUUCAUUCUUAUUUUUUAUUAAAUUUUGAACCAUUUCUUUUUUGUUUUUAUUUUUAUUUGUUUGGGGGUUUUUUGUUCUGUUAACUUGAAAGCUGUUUCCCUCAAAUAUAGACGGGGAAUUUUGGUUAUCAGUGCAAAGAAUGUUGGAUCUGUAAUAGUAUAGAGCUUUGUCACGAAGCUUUGUAUUAAUGUGUGGUUUUUUUUUUUUCUUUCAUGUGUUUUUUGGGAAAACAGACAAAUUCAGAAUUAUAUCUCGUUUCUACUUAAAUGUAGUGUUUAGGGUUAUUUUUUUGUACUGAAGUCUUUAAUGGUGGGUGCAUGCUACUGGGAACAAGUUUUGUAUAAAAGCUUAAAAUCAAGAAUCACUGUGCAUUACUAAGACUGUGUUUAUCACUAGCCUUCUGUUUCCCACACAAAAGGCUAUUGCAUUGAACAAAUUAAUAUGUAUUUUGAUUUACUUAAAAGAAAAGUGCUUGUAAAUUUCUUAGGGACCUGCCACUUUUGACUGUGGAUCAGUUGAUGUACACUUGUAUUAUUAAAGCACUCAAUAAAACACUGUGGCUGAUAAAUGCA